CCCCAUCUCACCCAUCUCCCGGGGCACUCAUCUACGGCUCAGAGGGAACCACACACGACUGUAACAGCCCACAAUGCUGUACAUAGCCUCGGCCCUCUCCCCCACCUCCAUCUCCCACACGACCAAGGUCCACGGCUUCACCAGCCCGAAAACCACCUCGCUCGUGAUCGCGCGGCCGGAUAGGCUCGAAGUAUGGGGCGUGUCCCCCGCGGGGCUGGAACGUGCCGGCGAGUUCAAGGUCUGGGGCACGAUUGUCGGGCUCGACGUUGUGACCGUGCCGGAUGCGCGCCCACACAUCCUUGUGCUAGUUGAACCGCCGAGCGCCAGAUUGCUUCUUGUCACGUUUGAGGGUGGCAAGCUGGUAGUGACUGCCUCGCAGCCGCUAUCUCCGCCGAUGCCCUCGCUCCUGCGUGCCGAGUUCUUUAACGGCGUGCGCGCGAGCGGGAGUGCAGCUUUGGUCAGUUUGUGGACUGGACUUCUCGCAUGUGUCGAGAUCGAGUUUGAGAAACCCAAGGAUGCGAAGAAGCGCCGCGCGAGCGAGGCCGCGAUUACUGAGUGCGAGGCUGGCUCACGGCUCGUGUUCAAGUCGAGUUUCAAUAUCAAUAUCCGCGAGCACAACCUCCUGGAUAUUGCCUUUGCGCCGGGCGACACGUCGGCCACGCCGUUGUUGGCAUUCCUCUGGGUGUCCGAGACGAACAGAAUCCAGCUGCAGCCCAAGCAGCUAUCGGUCACCACGCACUCGUUUACAAACGCUGGAACACCCAUCGACGUGGUCAACCCACUCGACUAUCCUGUUCCCUCUGAUGACGAGGACCUCGACUUCAAUGGCGUGCCAUUCUCCACACCAGCGGCACGGUACCUCCUUGCUGUGCCGGGUCACGGGCCGAACAACUCGAGGCAGUUCUUUGUUAUUGGUGACGAACACGCUACGCUGUACAGUAUUGCGGCUGGCGCGUCAUCGACGCCUGCAAAGACCGUUACGAGCCCGCGCGCGUCGGCGAUCCGUCGCAGUCCCCAGUCUGAGACGGGAGGGAUCGGCAAGAAGCGCAGGUCGAGCGCCUCUGGACGUGGUAUCAACACGGAUAUCGACGACCGGUGGAGCACGACUCCAGUGUGGCGCACACGACAGGGCUUUGGAACUGUGCUUGCGGCAACUGUGUUGGGCACACACGAUAAGAAGGGUGGCAGUGUUCUGCUCGGCGACGAGAGCGGACGCCUGACAGCUGUCGGGUGGGAUUUCGAGGACACGGACAAUGUGCGCGUGGGAAAGGCCAAUCUCGGUUCAGUAUCGCCCCCGACCAGCUUGACGUACCUCGACAACGGAUACGUCUUUGUGUCGUCCGCAUGUGGCGACUCACUGUUGGUAUCUGUUGAUCUGCCGGCUGCAGCACAAUCUACGUCCUCCGCCACGUCCACUCCGCGCAGCAUUCAUCGUAAGGGCAAGGGACGCGCUUCCGAUACUGUCGAUGGCGGUGCAUGGUCAAUUCACACCGAGGACGACAGCACCGGAUCAGUCGAGGUCCGCGAGCGCUGGUUGAACAUCGCCCCGGUCAGGGACUUCACUGUUGUGAAGGAGGACGAUACGCGUGUGUCGCAUCUCGUUAUUGGAUCUGGCUCGGCGACCUCGAACUCUCUACGCGUCAUGCGGAGUGGAGUUGGGCUGGACACGGUCUUGACCGUUGAGGGUGUCACUGACGUGCAGGGAAUGUGGUCUCUUCCCCACGGUGAUAAGCCAACACUGCUGCUGUCCUUCCCGACGUCGUCGGCACUGCUGGACCUCUCUUCCGAGGUCUCGGUGGUUCCCGUUGCAGCCGAGAUCUCGUUGUCUCCCACCGUGGCCGCUGGCCUUGUAAACGGUGGCAAAAUGCUCGCUCACGUUACGCCAACUGCUGUCAACUUAUGGACGGAUACCGUGGGAGGUGUCUCCAUCGACUCGUAUAAACCCUGCGCGGAGGAGCAGCGCACGGAGAAGGAGAUUGUCGCUGCAGACAUCAAGCAUGACCAUAUCCUCGUGGCACACCGCAACGGUGAUGUUGUUGUGCUUAAGGCGACCGACAAUGGCUUUGAUCGUGUUCUCCUUGCUCAGCUCCCCGCGGAACCGGCGUCAAUUGCACUCCAUGUGGGUCCAAAUGAGGCCUCUUCCUUCGUCGCCUUUGGCGCGUGGAACAAUGGCAUUGAGGUGUUCUCGUUCGAGGGCCUGAGGGCGAUCAAGAGCACGCCUCUGGUAGUGGCGCAGGAGCAAGCAUUCGCAGCCUCCCUGUUGAUAAGAACUGCUUCGACAGGUUACCCCCAGCUUGUGGCAGGACUCAGUGACGGCACUGUCGUCACGUACUCGCUGGAUCCCUUGAACCUCAAGACAACUCUGGACAAGGGCCGCUACACCUCGUCUGCGGGCUCGCGGCCCGCCAUCCUUUUCCCUCUCGACCUCUUGGCACCAGGUGGAGAAGAGCAGGUUGUCGCCGCUGCCGUUACCGAGUCGCUGUCGAUUGUGUUUGAGGCCCGCAGCCACCUCGAAAUCUCGUCGAGUGGUAAAACUGGCGUUCUUGCUGCCGCCUCGGUCAGCACGCCUGCGCUUGGUAACGCCAUCGUCGUUGCGACAGAAGAGGGUCUCAAGUUUGAGACUGUGUCGAGUUUGAAGAAGCUGCAAGUGCAAACCCUCGAUUUGGGGAAGAAGUCGGCGACAAGGUUGUCCGUCGUCCCCGACCUCAAGGUGUUGGCCGUUGGCACCGUGACGCGGUCACUCGACUCGCAGACCGGCGAUGUCCUGCAGUCGUCGUCGCUGGAGAUUCGCGACCCCACCACUCUGGAAUUGUUCGCCGAGUACACCCUUCCCGAGAGGGAGACUGUGGCAUCUGUUAACGCCGUCCUCUUGAAUGGAAGACACUACAUUGCUCUGGGAACAGCCAUCUUCGGCGAGGACGACGCCGUCGAUGUCCCGCUGCUGGAGGAGAUGUCCGCAUUCAUCUCAGCAGAGAAGGGCCGCCUGAUACUCCUAGAGCCAACGAACAAGGGCCCGGGAGGCUGGUUCCUGGACGUGGCGACGACGCUCGACACUGCUGCUGCAGUGCUGGACGCCAGAGCGAUCCACGGCUUCCUGGCAGUCGCCUCAGUUACCAAGGUUUCGAUCCUGCGCCUUGACGCCAGUCCCGCCACUCUGCGCGAGGUCUCGGCAAGCACGUUCGCGUUUGAAGCCCGCUACCUGCAUGUUUCGCCUGCAAACAAGGUGCACAACGAGGACCGACUAGUGGUUGGCGACGCGAUGAGGAGCAUCCUUAUUUUGGACAUUGACGACGAGAGCGGAGUGAUCCGCUCCGACCAGCGCGACAUGUCUCCCCACGCUGUCCAUGCACUGGAUGGUAUCGAGGAUGGCGGACCAGGGGUCAUCAUCGCGGACAACCACACCAACCUGCUUACGCUACGCUUGAACGAGGAGAUUGAGCAGGCCGCCCACAUUGGCCUGCAUGAAGACGUUGCCCGGUUGCACAUUGGCUCACUGGCACCGCCGACAACCUCCGCAGACGUCCUUCGGCCAGAGCUCCUAUUCGCCACGACAAGUGGCCGCCUGGGUAUCAUUGGCGAGCUAGGGACUAGCGCUGCACGCACCCUGGGAGACCUGCAGCGGAACAUGGACAAGCACUUCAAGGGUCCCGGAGGUGUGGACUGGAAAUCACUGCGCCGUGGUGGCACCACGUUGGUACCAAAGGAGACUGCAGGUUUCAUUGAUGGCGACUUCGUACAACAGUUUAUCGAUGGCGAAUCCAUCCCCGAGGCUCUGGUGGACCGUAUCCUCGGGGGUACGAGCGCGGCCGAGGUUGUGUCACAGAUCUCGCCGGCCGGUACGAGGCAGCCGGCGACGCGUGAGGAUGUUGUGCGCGUCCUCGAGGCGACUGCAGGGUUGCAUUAGAGGCACGACGAAGGAACUCUCGACUCUUUGAUGGAUG